UAGUUGUUGGCAAUCAUGGCGGCCUCCUUGGUGGAGGAGACGUUUGUGAGAGUCGUGGAAAUUGAAAGCUCAAAAAGUGAACUUAAAAUUCAUCAAUCUUACAUUGGUGAUGUGGGAUGUGUGGUUUGGGACGCCGCACUUGUUUUGAGCAAGUACAUCGACUUCGUGCAUUCUGUAGAAUGUGUGAAAACUGAUGAUUGUGAUGGUGGUUUGGUAGCUUAUGCGUCACAAUUGAUCAAAAACAUUCACAGUGCAAGAGCAAUUGAAUUAGGCGCUGGAACUGGAGCUGUUGGACUUCUUGCAGCAUCAUUAGGAUGUCAGACAACACUUACUGACUUGGCCAGUCUCAUGCCACUUCUGACUAAGAAUAUUGAGGAGAACAACCUGCAGGAAAAAGCUUCUGCUGCUGUUUUAGAUUGGGAUGACCAUGCUGAUGCUUCUCUGCCUCAGCCUGAUCUGCUGCUGGUAGCAGACUGUGUGUACUAUGUAGAGGCGCUUCUGCCGCUUUUGGACACCAUAUCAGCCUUGGCCGGGCCCAAAACUGCAGUGCUGAUUAGCUAUGAAGAUAGAGAGUCUGAGGUGAAACAAGUGCUGCAAAAGAAGUUCUCGGAGGUCCUGAGGAAGCAAUUCGAUGUAGAAGAGGUUCCGACACAGAAAAUGCAUCCAGACUAUAUGGCUGAUGAUAUUCAUAUUUUAGUAGCAAGGAAGAAACAGUGAAAAACGCUCUGCUUGUUUGGUGUGUAUGACUCGUCUUCGGUGGAACUGAUACGGUGAGUAUUUUUACAACCAGUCUGAGAAGUCACGCUGCAGCAGUUCCGACCCCCAAUUUCACCGGAGCAUGAUCCAAUGCCAACAGAACAAUAUCGCUCCCGAUAUCUGACCGGUCCAUAGAGAUCACGGUCGUCCAGGUUCUCAGUUCGUGGUUAACCCCUCCCCUCUUCACCCCUACCCCACUCCAGUACCACCAUCAUCGCUAGGAACAGAACGUGUGGCGACACCGUAGAACGCCAACUGCGAGCGGGUCGGUUUCGUCAUGCAUUGACCUCUGCCUUUUCAUACAAUUUUAGAAACUUUGGGCUUUAGUGGAUCUGUUCACGAAUUAGCUCCGGAUUAGUUGCUUGUCCGAGACACUUUGUAAAUUGUAUGAAAUAUACUAAAUAUUGUUAACCCUCGCCCGUA